AUGGACGAAUCGUCGCAGCCCACUCAACCGGCGACACAGCCGGUCGACAAUCCACGUCGGUUCAAGAACCUUUCCAAUGUCUCCGAAGCCGACGCGGCAGAUGUAAUUUGCCUACUUCAUCCCACCUCUCCAGCCGCUUUCAAAGCGAUCAAAGCCAACCUCCUUUUCGCCCGAACACACAUCCUCCAGAAUGAAGGCCUCGAAGGAUUGAGUGAGGAAGCCGUAUUGAUGACUGAAGAUUUCGAGCAACCGCGUGAUAUCGCGCUUCGAAUAUCCUCUCCAGUGAAGAACCCCAAAGAUGGAUUUCGGUUUGGGCGGACUAGCGCCCUGAGCGAUGUGCUUCUCACGCCUUAUGAAAACGACAGUUUGGUGAGCAAAGUACAUUUCAGGAUCUUCGUCAACAGGCAGGGGAGCCUAAUGCUUCAGGACAUGUCCACCAACGGCACCAUCGUGGAUGAUACUCACAUUUGCCACAGGAAUCGGCGUGGCCAGACGACGCUCAAGCCUGCUACGAUAGUCCUUAGGCAUGGAUCCAUUAUUGCAGUCGUCAGUGGCUGGGAAAGACAAGAAGUCAAACUGAUGGUCAGGAUACCUGCCCGUGGAGACAUGGAGGAAGCCUAUGACCAGAACCUGAAAAAGUAUCUGGCAGCUCGAGGGGAGAUUGCUCAAUUUUCCUCCAUGCGAGAAAGCUCGUAUGGAAACCAUUGGAACGGAGGCAGCCUAUACAAUUUUACGGGCAUGCUAGGCAAGGGAGCAUUCGCGACGGUCUACCGGGUGCAGACGAAGAAAGAAGGAGACCUGUAUGCUGCCAAAGAGCUCGAUAAACGUCGAUUCAUCAAGAACGGAGUGCUGGACAUGAAGUUCGACAGCGAAUUGAACAUUAUGAAGCAUCUCAAGCACCCGAAUAUCGUCAACUACGUGGAUUGCCAGACAUAUUCUCACUGGAUAUACAUUCUUAUGGAAUUUGUCCCGCACGGGGAGCUGUCACAGGAACUACGCAGACUUGGAAAAAUCCCCGAGUCUGAUGCUCAACAGAUUACCAAACAAAUAUUGCAUGCCUUGGAUUAUUUACAUCGGCGCAACAUCACGCAUCGAGAUAUCAAACCGGACAAUAUUUUAAUUGCGUCGCGGUCGCCUCUGAUUGUCAAGCUGUCGGAUUUCGGGCUUUCAAAGUGCGUCACGGACCAGGAGACGUUCCUCAAGACAUUCUGCGGGACACUACUGUACUGCGCCCCAGAAGUAUAUCCUGAUUAUCCCACUUAUGCGCAAGGGUCGACAACGAAGCGUCGCCGCCUAGGCGAGCCUAUGACGAGACCAAAGCCAUCGCCGUACGACCAGUCGGUAGACAUGUGGUCGUUCGGCGCGGUCAUAUUUCACAUGCUCUGCGGAAAGCCUCCUAUUACUGGUAGAGGAGAUGACCGUGGUGCCCAAAUGUUGAACAACAUCAUGACAAAGGACGUCGACUUUGAACCACUGAGAUAUAUCGGUGUCUCGGAGGAGGCCAUUGACUUUAUUUCCGGCCUUCUGAACAGGAAUCCCGCCUUGCGACCUAAAGAAGCCGAGUGUCUGAGACACCCAUGGCUGCGCGACGUACCGGAUAAUUGCAACUACGACGAUGUUGAACCAGUCAGCUCUCCCGUAGCUCGCCACCUUGAUAUGGUCGAUGAGGCCGAUGAAGACGUCCUCGACGAUGAAGAGUUGAUCCACAACCUAAAUCAACUGACUCAACCGCCUUCAUCAAACCCGACUCCUGAUCGUCCCACAAAGAGGCCAAGAACCGAAGUAGAAAAUAUAGAACCGGCACCGUCGUCAGGAGACGUGCACUACCCGACUCUACCAGAAUCUGGCGAGAGUUUCCUUCCAUUACCAACUGGCGCACCCGCUCAGCGGCUUUUUGGGGAAAUAUCCCAGUCUGUGCUGCGAAGCUCGGGCGUCUUUGGCGGCGAACUCGCUGCGCCUGCAUGUGCCGAUGUCUAUGAUAUCCGCAACCGGGUGGAGCAGAUCAGCGUCAAUGACUUUGCUUCAGUGCAACAACCGGAGGAAGAGAGUGCAGACAACUCAGGGCAGCCUCUUCAUUACCCUCGAGUACUUGAUGUGCCACAAGGGCCAGCAGGAUCCGCCGAAAGCCUGCUUGGUGCGGAACAACAAAUCGGCCAGCUCAAUAUGGCUUCUCCUGAACCCGAUGUGUCGGAUGCUGCUACUCCCGAAACGGGUAAUCCAGUGACGCCGCAGACACGUGAAAUAUCACCGUCUGAGACGAGCACACGCGACAACGACGCUGAUACCGAAGUCGCCGCCACCACUCGAGUCAGUGAAGAACGAGAACGAGAACCAGUCUUCACACGUCAAAUAGACUUUGGCUUGAUAUCGGAUCCUGCUCAAUUUGAAGUAGAGGUUGAAAAGCGCAAUGCGUCCAGGGCGGCGAAAAUGGCCAAAGCCGAGACUUUUCAUGGAACUCUCAACGGCAACAAAGCUCGGGUACCUUCUGUUGAGCUCGCAGUCACCAUUGACGCCAGAACCGGACAUGAAGUGCCGCACGAACAUUCUACUACUGACCAGUUUACCCAUGGGACACUGCGCAGUCUCUCCGGAGCCGGUACUAGUAUCAGUCCUUUCGUCCGCCCGCCACGACGGUUCGGGAAACUAACCAGUCUACCGGGCUCAUAUACCAACGUCACAAUCAAUCUCGAGCAACGCCUUACUUCAUGGGGCCGCGGAGUCGACUGUACAAUACAGCAUCCGGACGUCAAGGAUACCCGGAUUCCAAAAUAUGCAAUGAAAAUCACAUUCUGGGCGCCCGGCAUGGAAUCCCACGUUGAGCAAGGCGGCGACUGGACGACCUUGCCGGCAAUCCGAACGGUGCUGUCCACGUCCGCCAGCGGAUGCAUUUGGAUCAAUGGGAGGGCGUUGCGCAAGGAAUCUCGUAAUGGCGAAGCUGCCCUGUUUGGAAAGUUGUAUACUGGCGAUAUCAUUACCAUUUACGACGACGGGAAAGGGAAGUACCUGAAAUUUCGCGUCGAGAUCACUUUUGGCGAUAGCGCGAGACAGCGGCCGAAAACGGAGCCUGCAUUUGUCGUCCAGGAGGAGCGGUAUCAUCAUCGGCGUAUGAAGGAGCGCGAAAGCAUGAGGAUCAGCAAGACUGAAAGCGGUGCAGAGGCAACAGUCGCGGCAGCAGCAUCAGCAGCAUCACCAGCAGCAGUAUCUGCUGGCGUCGCCGCUGUCCCGACCGUCCGGGUGGAAGCUGAAUGA